AUGAAGGCAUUUCUAAGAGGUGUUAACCUCUGGAAUGCUAUUGAGUUUGAAACUGAAUUGCCAGUGCUGAAGGAGAAUGCUUCACAGGCUCAGGUGAAGCAAUAUGAAGAAGAUAUUGCAAAGAGAUAUAGAGCCUUGUCAUUCAUACAUUCAGCAGUGUCUGAAUCGGUGCGUUUGCAAAAUCUCAGAAGGAAAUAUGAGCUUCUGAGAAUGAAAGAGAAUCAGCCAGUAGGUGAGUUUGUUGAAGAUCUGAUGAAACUUGUAAAUCAGAGCAAACUCAUGGGAGACUCCCUCAUUGAUUUGAAAGUGGUAGAAAAGAUUAUGUUGAGCCUACCAGAAAGGUUUGAGCCUACAAUCACCUAUCUAGAGCAAGUUAAGGAUAUUAUAGAGCUCUCAAUAUCAGACUUGGUUAGCGCUUUGGAAGCUGAUGAACAAAGGAAGGCAGCAAGAAGAGAUGAAAGAGUUGAUCAUGCAUUGGCAGCUCGUGCAAAAGAUAAGGCUCCUGUUGAUCCUUCAUUUAAAAAGAAUUCAAAUGAAAAUAGAGAGAAAGAUAAAGCUGGUACAGCUGCUGGAAGAUCCCAAAACAAAAAGGGCAAGUUUCCAGUCUGCCCCUAUUGCAAGAAGAGGAACCAUUCUGAAGCUUACUGCUGGUUCAGACCUGGAGUCAAAUGCAAUGCUUGUAAGCAGCUAGGGCAUGUAGAAAAAGUCUGCAAGAACAAAGUUGAGGCUGCAGACAAAAAACCACAGGUUACAAAGCAAGUCGAGAAAGCUGAAGCUGCAGGUGUUGUUCAUGACUAUUGA